AGAGGAACCAGCUGAGCAGCACAGGACCACACACAGUCUCACUGAGUCAGUAGACAUGGAGGAUGGGAAGCCUGAUCUGCUGCUGGUCAAAGAGGAGAUGAUAGAGGACAGACAAGAGAGCAUUGACCUGCUGAGUGGACUAAAGAUGGGGGAGCAAGGUGGCUGGCUGGAGGCAAACAGAGAAGACUGGGCGGCCAUCUUGGAUUCCCAGACUGGUGCCGCCAAGGGCCCAGAGGAUGAGAUCACCGAGCAGGCUGGGACCAGAAGCGACAUAGUGGAGGUCAGUGGAUGGGACCGUGUCCUCAACUCUGGGAUGGGGAACAACACUGUUAACCACAACCAGAAACAGUCUGUCAAAUACAAAACAACAACCGAACUUAGUCUCCAUGACAACAGACUGGCUGAGACCAGGACGAGGUUUAGAUUUGGUCCGCGGGGACGGGGAGGUGUCCGUAUGCGGCAGGAGAGAACAGACACAGACUCUGCUAGCGAUGCUCCGUCCUGCUCCUAUAGUUGUGAUUCAGAGAGACUGAUGGCGCCUCAGGUUACCCCCCUAACAGGUGCUGCCUUCAGCCUGCCUUCUUUAGGAUCUAUCAACUGGAACAUGGACCCUGCAACAACACAGACACUCCCUGGCCGUCCUCCUCACACUCUCCUAAUGUUAAACCAGACCUCAGACAAUGCCAGUGCACUAAAUGGCUACACGAGCCCAUUGACAAAUGACAGUAGUAGUAACUCUAUCAGCAGAUCUGGUGGCAAAGAGAAGUGCUUCCCGUGUUCGUUCUGUUGGAAAGUUUUCAGUUUCCACAAACAGAUGGAGAGCCAUCAGAGGAUGCACACGGGGGAGAAACCGUUUGGCUGCCACCUGUGUGAGAAGAAGUUCUCCCACCAGCACCACCUGAAGAGGCACCAGAGGGUCCACACAGGGGAGAAACCCUACAGCUGCCCCCAGUGUGAGAAGAGGUUCUCCCACCAGCACCAUCUGAAGACGCACCUGAAGGUCCACACGGGAGAGAGGCCAUUCACCUGUACGCACUGCGGGAAGAGGUUCUCAGAGAGGAGCUACCUCAGGAUACACCAGCAGAAAAUGCACAUGGCUCAUGUAUAGAGUAUAGUAACAUGUUAUGUAGUACUAGCUAGUUUGUUUGUAGUUAAUUCUGCUGGUUUUGGAUGUAUAGGGAACUGGUCAACUGAGGAAAGAAUGAGUAUGAUGAGGCCGAGUAAAUGAUAUGGUGAUGGUUGGUGUGAUGGUGUCUGUAAAAAUGCUUUACUUAUGAAGAGUGACAACCUUAACCUUGUCCUGUUGUUUGAUAAUAAAGAAAUGAUAUGCCUUAAUUCAUGUUUACUUGACAUGUAUAAUUGUGUGCAAUAAAAGUACUGU